AUUAGGAGUCAAACAGAAGACUGAGGGUCAGAGAGCAGCGUGUGGGUGGGGAUGCUGGAGGAGCCACCUCCCCCUGGGAUGAGGCUGGGGUGAGCUGAGGACACGUCUGGGCAGGUGUCCCGGGGUGAGGCCUCUUGCUCCAGCUGACCUCGGCAGCAGGCAGUUCCCUGGGCAGAGUAGAGCCCAGGCUUGAUGGUUCUGGCCCCGGGGUUGGCAGUCAACACUGCUGCCAGUUGUCCCUGCCAGCAUGGUCCUGUGAGUGUGCAGGGCAGGCCUGAGCACAGAGUUGGUUGCUGCUCACACCUGAGGAUGCAGCUCUCCACUGGCUGUGGCCACUGUCUAUGCCUGGACUGGCCAGAGCUUCUCUCUAGUCUCUUCCCAAACUCGACACCUUUGGAGGGUCCUGUCCCCAGGUGUCCCCAGGGCUGCCCUCUUAUUGCAUAUGUUCUAGGGCCCUUUCACCCCCCAGUUCCUGCCCCCCAGAGAGUGCCAAGCACCCACAGGCUACCACUCUGUGGUGGAGUCAGCCGCUGCCUAUUGUGCCAGGCACUGCUGUGACCCCUGCUUUCCAGAUGGGAAAGCUGAGGCUUGCUUAGGGUUGUAGGUGGUGGAGACACAUGGGGCCUGAGCAUCAGCCUGGGCUGUCCCCAGUGGCCUCCCUGCAUCGGCUGCUGCUUUCUGGCUCUCCCUGCACCUGUGCACGUGGCCAGCUUGAUGGGUGCCCAGACAUCCCCAGAGCAGAAACCUGAGUUAACAGGACUCUCCACCAUCCCCCACCCAGCCCUUCCACACCAGGCCCUGCAGGCAGCCAGAGUGGACGUCAGCGUGCAUGGCGCCAGUGGCUCCCUUGACCCUCCUCGUCCCUCAGCCUCAUCGAGAGUCCUGCCUGCAGCCCCCCAGCUGGUCCUGGGAUGCACUGUGGCUUUGGGUGUCUCCUGAUGGGGCUGGGCCUGGGCUGGCAGCUGUGAUCCUGCUGCAGUGACUCAGAUGCUGUGUGACCCCAGGCAGUCAGGCCUUCCGUGGGCCACGGUUUCCCCAUACACUGAAGGGUCAGCGGGGUGGGGGAGACACUGUUUGGAUCCCCCUGAGGGGCUUUCUGGGAACAAGAGCCCACUGUGCGCCUGGGGAAGGCCUGGACACUGAGCCACUGUCUCUGGGAGGGCAAUGUGCCGCUCCCUGGCCAGACUCUUUGUCCAGCCUGGGCCUGCCCCUCCCCACGCCUACUCCAGCUCUUCCUUUGGAAUCCCACCCACUUGAGGCCCAGAUGGGGAUCUUGGCACACAUGGGUGGGGCAGGCCAGAACACCCAGCACUGCCCACCCGCAGGACCUAUAACUGUGGGUUCUCAGGUCCCCUCCUGCCUGCACUCCUAGCAGCAGGGGUUUUUGUGGAGGUGGGAACCCCAGGAGACCUGGAUGUACAGGCAUGGCGGCUGGUGCCUCCCUCAUGAGCUGAGCGCUCUACUGUCUCCUGGUGCCGACUGUGGUCCCCGGCUGAGACAGUACUGGGGAGGUCAGGUUACCUGUACACGUUCACAGCUCUCAGCUCUUCUCACCCCCUAACUGUUCCUGCUUGAACCCGCUCAUGUCAGACAGCUCCUCUUCCCAGACCCAGUUGAGAGGUCAUCUUGAGGAAUCCUCCGUUACCCCAGAUUAGGGACCCGAUGGCCUGCGUUCUUCAGUGAUCAGUGUUUACCCAGUGGUGGCUUCAGGGCAGGCCAGUCCUGAGCACUGUGGAACCAGCAGUGAUAAGACAGUGGCCCAUACAUAUGUGAAUGAACUGCUGUCUUGUGCUGUGCCUGGGGAUCCAGGCCAAGGACCACCUUUGGGGAGUAGGGCAGCCUGAGGCUGCAGGUCCUCCAACACAGGGGAGGUUGGGCAGAACGCAUUUGCAGGGCUCUGAGAUGGGAGGGAGUCAGGUGUGAGGAGCAGCAGACAGCAGGAGCCAGGAAGUCAUGGAUGUGUGUGAGCCCAUCAGCUGGCAACGGUCUCUGUUGGCAAAGGUACCUCACACUCCUGAGUGAAGAACCAGCUGGAUGUCGCCUAGUGCUGCUGGGCACAGGUGGAGACUCCUGGAGAGGCUGGCCCCCUGGAUUCAGCCUGCUGAUUCCUGGCAGUGGCCCCAGUCUCUACGCUGGGCCCUGCUCCUCUCUGGCCCCCAUAAUGGCCUCACUAAGAGCAUUCGUCCAUUUUCUGGGUAAGAACAUGCUGGGAGUGUACUCAGAAUGCUGUCCCAGCACCGUGGGUUCCGGAAGCCCCUUGCCGACCACCACCUGCCUUCCCAACGUGCCUGACGCUGUCUGAAAUUCCACCCUUAGUGUCUGAGACUCAGAGGUGGUCCCUCCUGGCGAUUCCUUACCAGCAGGGUGAUGGUACUGAGUCCGUAUGCCCUGUGGAGGGAGGGCUGGGGGACGAUGAGGAAGUCGAGCUGUGACCCCUUCACACUGGCUGGACCGUAUCCAGGACACGCAGGUCUGGGCUGGGUUUGGGCCACGAGUCAGAUGCAGAGGGGUCUCCUGGUGCAGUUCCCAGAGGGACCUUGACCCACCCAGUUCUCAGUUAGGAUGCCUUCCUGUCCGACCCUGUUGCACUCUGGGGCUCUGCGUGGGCGAGGGGCCCUGGAGGGAUUUCCCAGUGAUGUGGAGACUGCUGCCCUUGGCUCUUGCCCUGGAUUCCAGGCCAAGUAUGGGCCAGGGACAGGAACUCAGCCUUAGGGGGCCAUGUGGAUGGAAUGACCCUGGGCACCAUGCCUGGGGAGUGCCCCAAAACUUUGCCCCGCAACUCUCACCUGGGACCUGAAGUGCACAGUCAGCUCAGAUAAGGGGCUGGAGCAUGAGGGGCGGGGGGUAAGAGCCAGCAGAAGGCAUCCCUGAAGGACCCCCUCCCACCUGUGUCUGUUCUGGUCCAUGUAGGACCAGUAGGGGCUGUGAGCAGCAUUCCCAGCCUUUCCCUGGUAGUACAGGGUCGGAAGAAGCCGUGAGCUCUGUCCCAGGCCUGUCCCUGGCUGGCAUAAGACCAUAAGGCGCUGUGAGCAGCACCGUGGGCUGUCUCUAAUUGUGCUGCCCUCCAUAUGUGACCUUGAGCAAGGCAAGCCUGUGUUUCCUGGCCUCAGUUUCCCUAUUUGUACAGCAUAGGUGGGGCUUUCCUCCAAGCAGUUGAGAGGGAGACCUGUGAGUGAAAGCCAUUUCUGAGCCUGAGUGGGUGGGUUGCCCACCCCGCAGUUCCGAGCCUGUCAGAGGCUGCAGCUCUUUAAAGAGGCUGAGGAGUUUGGGGUUUUCUGUCCAAAAUUGCUUCAGUUCUGGCCAGCCCCCCACUAUCUGUCUCGUGUCAUGCUUAGGGGCCCUUCUCAAUCUGGGUCUCCACUGGAAUCGCCGUGUGGUCCCCCUGGGUUGGGGACAGCUGCAGGUCUGCCAGGAAGGUGUAAGGGGGAAAUGCAGUCGUAGUCACAUGGCCAGGCAGUGGUGGCCAGAAUGGAACCCUGGCCUAUCUGCUCUGGGGCCUUGCCCUGGGCCCUGGCCCUGUGCCUGGGAUGCUCGUGGUAGAGCCAAGCAUGCAAUGCCCCGCAGCCCCGGCACCCAGCCGCCUCACUGCUGUUUCUGGGUACGUGGCACCACCUGGUGGUCACUGUGGCGUCUGCGCCCGGGUGGUUUCUGGACAGUCAUUUGUGCACAGGAGCCCGGGGCCACCAGCUGCUGCUCUGUCACCCUCUUUCCUGAAUGUGGCCUGCCUUGCUCUGCCAGGAACCAUGAGUGAGGCCCGCAGGGACAGCACCAGCAGUCUGCAGCGCAAGAAGCCACCCUGGCUAAAGCUGGACAUUCCCUCUGCGGUGCCCCCGACAGUGGAAGAGCCCAGCUUCCUGCAGCCCCUGAGGCGACAGGCUUUCCUGAGGAGUGUGAGUAUGCCAGCCGAGACAGCCCACAUCUCUUCGCCCCACCAUGAGCUCCGGCGGCCGGUGCUGCAGCGCCAGACGUCCAUCACACAGACCAUCCGCAGGGGGACCGCUGACUGGUUUGGAGUGAGCAAGGACAGUGACAGCACCCAGAAAUGGCAGCGCAAGAGCAUCCGUCACUGCAGCCAGCGCUACGGGAAGCUGAAGCCCCAGGUCCUCCGGGAGCUGGACCUGCCCAGCCAGGACAACGUGUCGCUGACCAGCACCGAGACGCCACCCCCACUCUAUGUGGGGCCAUGCCAGCUGGGCAUGCAGAAGAUCAUAGACCCCCUGGCCCGUGGCCGCGCCUUCCGUGUGGCAGAUGACAUUGGGGAAGGCCUGAGUGCCCCACACACUCCCGUCACGCCAGGGGCUGCCUCCCUCUGCUCCUUCUCCAGCUCCCGCUCAGGUUUCCACCGGCUCCCGCGGCGGCGCAAGCGAGAGUCGGUGGCCAAGAUGAGCUUCCGGGCGGCCGCAGCACUGAUGAAAGGCCGCUCCGUGAGGGAUGGCACCUUGCGCCGGGCACAGCGUCGAAGCUUCACUCCAGCUAGCUUUCUGGAGGAGGACACAACUGAUUUCCCCGAUGAGCUGGACACAUCCUUCUUUGCCCGGGAAGGUAUCCUCCAUGAAGAGCUGUCCACAUACCCGGAUGAAGUUUUCGAGUCCCCAUCGGAGGCGGCGCUAAAGGACUGGGAGAAGGCACCGGAGCAGGCGGACCUCACCGGCGGGGCCCUGGACCGCAGCGAGCUUGAGCGCAGCCACCUGAUGCUGCCCUUGGAGCGAGGCUGGCGGAAGCAGAAGGAGGGCGCCGCAGCCCCGCAGCCCAAGGUGCGGCUCCGACAGGAGGUGGUGAGCACCGCGGGGCCGCGGCGGGGCCAGCGUAUCGCGGUGCCCGUGCGCAAGCUCUUCGCCCGGGAGAAGCGGCCGUAUGGGCUGGGCAUGGUGGGACGGCUCACCAACCGCACCUACCGCAAGCGCAUCGACAGCUUCGUCAAGCGCCAGAUCGAGGACAUGGACGACCACAGGCCCUUCUUCACCUACUGGCUUACCUUCGUGCACUCGCUCGUCACCAUUCUAGCCGUGUGCAUCUAUGGCAUCGCGCCCGUGGGCUUCUCGCAGCAUGAAACGGUGGACUCGGUGCUUCGGAACCGCGGGGUCUACGAGAACGUCAAGUACGUGCAGCAGGAGAACUUCUGGAUCGGGCCCAGCUCGGAGGCCCUCAUCCACCUGGGCGCCAAGUUUUCGCCGUGCAUGCGCCAGGACCCGCAGGUGCACAGCUUCAUUCGCUCAGCGCGCGAGCGCGAGAAGCACUCCGCCUGCUGCGUGCGCAACGACAGGUCGGGCUGCGUGCAGACCUCGGAGGAGGAGUGCUCGUCCACGCUGGCAGUGUGGGUGAAGUGGCCCAUCCAUCCCAGCGCCCCAGAGCUUGCGGGCCACAAGAGACAGUUUGGCUCUGUCUGCCACCAGGAUCCCAGGGUGUGUGAUGAGCCCUCCUCCGAAGACCCUCAUGAGUGGCCAGAAGACAUCACCAAGUGGCCGAUCUGCACCAAAAACAGCGCCGGAAACCACACCAACCAUCCCCACAUGGACUGUGUCAUCACAGGACGGCCCUGCUGCAUUGGCACCAAGGGCAGGUGUGAGAUCACCUCCCGGGAGUACUGUGACUUCAUGAGGGGUUACUUCCACGAGGAGGCCACACUCUGCUCUCAGGUGCACUGCAUGGAUGAUGUGUGUGGACUCCUGCCUUUCCUCAACCCCGAGGUGCCUGACCAGUUCUACCGCCUGUGGCUAUCCCUCUUCCUGCACGCCGGGAUCCUGCACUGCCUGGUGUCCAUCUGCUUCCAGAUGACUGUCCUGCGGGACCUGGAGAAGCUGGCAGGCUGGCACCGCAUAGCCAUCAUCUACUUGCUGAGUGGUGUCACCGGCAACCUGGCCAGUGCCAUCUUCCUGCCAUACCGAGCAGAGGUGGGUCCUGCUGGCUCCCAGUUUGGCAUCCUGGCCUGCCUCUUCGUGGAGCUCUUCCAGAGCUGGCAGAUCCUGGCGCGGCCCUGGCGUGCCUUCUUCAAGCUGCUGGCUGUGGUGCUCUUCCUCUUCACCUUUGGGCUGCUGCCGUGGAUUGAUAACUUUGCCCACAUCUCGGGGUUCAUCAGUGGCCUCUUCCUCUCCUUCGCCUUCUUGCCCUACAUCAGCUUUGGCAAGUUCGACCUGUACCGGAAACGCUGCCAGAUCAUCAUCUUUCAGGUGGUCUUCCUGGGCCUCCUGGCUGGCCUGGUGGUCCUCUUCUACUUCUAUCCUGUCCGCUGUGAGUGGUGUGAGUUCCUCACCUGCAUCCCCUUCACUGACAAGUUCUGCGAGAAGUACGAACUGGACGCUCAGCUCCACUGAGCUGGCUGUGGGCUCCAGGGCACAUGCGCUCCAGCAGGCUAGAGAAAGACACGACAACCCUGAGCCUCACAGGCUUACAGGAGUCACCUGCUCCAUGUGGGGACUGGCCUGUUUCCUGAACACAGACCUCUUUCUUGUGCCUUGUUCACUUCUGCUGAACCCCUCGUACUGCCGGGCAUUUAUUAUACUCCUUCCUGUCAUAACCUUCUAACUUGUUUGACGGCCACCUCAUGUGGCCAGUAAAUGGACUGGGAGCGUUUUAGCUGCCAUUAACUUGA